ACUGAGGCACAGAAAAAGGUAAAAAGGUACGUGAGAUCAAAAAGGAUGGAGUUAGGAUUUGAACCCAGGUCCAGGGCCCGUGAUUUUCCCAGCACACCAUCCAAAAUGCCUGCCUGCCCUCACCAGGGAGCACACGCUUACGUUCACAGUCUUGGACCCUGGGUUAGGGCCAGGAGGGCUGGGUGUGGGAUGGGAACAGGGCCUCCAGUUCCUUCACUGGCUGGGGUAGGGUUUCUGAGUUCCCCAUCAGAGCCCCUCCUCUGACUUUCAGGGACCCGCUGAGGAAUCUGCAGGCCUGGCAGAGGACAGGAGGCAGGGCUGGGGAGCCUGGGAAGGGCUGGCUGACAGUUCUAUGGGCCCUCCCCUCCUCCACAGUCCCACCCCCAGCCUGAGGCCUCUGGGAGCCCUGGUCCUGAGCAGCCAAUACACCAGCCCAGACGGCUGCAAGUCACCAUGGACGCUGAAGGCCUGGCACUGCUGCUGCCGCCCGUCACCCUGGCAGCCCUGGUGGACAGCUGGCUCCGAGAGGACUGCCCAGGGCUCAACUACGCAGCCUUGGUCAGUGGGGCAGGCCCCUCGCAGGCGGUGCUGUGGGCCAAAUCCCCUGGGGUACUGGCAGGGCAGCCUUUUUUCGAUGCCAUCUUUACCCAACUCAACUGCCAAGUCUCCUGGUUCCUCCCUGAGGGAUCGAAGCUGGUGCCGGUGGCCAGAGUGGCCGAGGUCCGGGGCCCUGCCCACUGCCUGCUGCUGGGGGAACGGGUGGCCCUCAACACCCUGGCCCGCUGCAGUGGCAUUGCCAGUGCUGCCGCCGCUGCAGUGGAGGCUGCCAGGGGGGCCGGCUGGACUGGACACGUGGCCGGCACGAGGAAGACCACACCAGGCUUCCGGCUGGUGGAGAAGUACGGGCUCCUGGUGGGCGGGGCCGCCUCACACCGCUACGACCUGGGAGGACUGGUGAUGGUGAAGGACAACCAUGUGGUGGCCGCCGGUGGUGUGGAGAAGCAGGCGGUGCGGGCGGCCCGGCAGGCGGCCGACUUCGCUCUGAAGGUGGAGGUGGAAUGCAGCAGCCUGCAGGAGGCAGUGCAGGCGGCUGAGGCGGGUGCCGACCUUGUCCUGCUGGACAACUUCAAGCCGAAGGAGCUGCACCCCACGGCUGCCGCGCUGAAGGCCCAGUUCCCAAGUGUGGCGGUGGAAGCCAGUGGGGGCAUCACCCUGGACAACCUCCCUCAGUUCUGUGGGCCGCACAUAGACGUCAUCUCCAUGGGGAUGCUGACCCAGGCGGCCCCAGCCCUUGAUUUCUCCCUCAAGCUGUUUGCCAAAGAGGCGGCUCCAGUGCCCAAAAUCCACUGGUCCUAAAGUGGAAGAGGAUUAACGUGGCUCCUGAGGACCCUCCAGAUCACACAUCU